AUGCCCCUCUCGUCGUUCCUCCCCGGCUUCUCGGCCGCCCCUCCUCGCUACGCCGGCAUUUCCGAGCCGAGCGUGUACGCGACGCUCGCCCACGCCACCGACCCCGACGCGCACAAGGGCACCGCCGACCCGAACGAGGCCCUCGACGCUGGCGAGGGUCUCGCACCGACGGCGCAGCAGUUCGACUAUGUCAUCUGCGGCGGCGGGACAGCCGGCUGCGUCCUCGCGUCGAGGCUCACCGAGGACCCGAACGUGUCGGUCCUGCUCAUCGAGGCCGGUGAGAGCGACCAAAAGGUCCUCUUCUCACGUGUCCCGGCUGGGUGGGCCAACCUGUUCAAGACGCCCGCCGACUGGGCCUUCUCUACGGUGCCGCAACCCGAGCUCUCGAACCGCUCCCUCUUCCAGCCUCGCGGCAAGAUGCUCGGCGGCUCGUCGGCCAUGAACGCCCAGAUCUACCAGCACUGUUCGCGCGAGGACUAUGAUGCCUGGGAGGCGUCGGGAGCGACCGGCUGGGGCUGGCUCGACCUCAAGCCCUACUUCGCCAAGGCCGAGGGCUUCACGCCGAGCGCCGCGCACAAGAUUGACGAGUCGAUGCGCGGCAAGGAGGGCGUCUGGAAAACUGGCUAUCCCUCGACGUCGCCGGUCGUCGCCGCGUGGGUCAAGUCCGGUCCUGCCUGCGGCGUGGCCCACAACCCGGACCUCAAUAUCGAGACGAACCCAAACGGCAUCACGCGCUUCCAGGCGACGGUCGACUCGAAGGGCCAGCGCUCGUCCACCUCGGCCGCCUACCUCCCGCCGUCCGUCUACACGCGCCGCAACCUCUCGAUCCUCACCUCGACGCGGUGCAGCAAGCUCCUCCUCGGCCCGGACCAAGACGGUCAGCAGCGCUGCGUCGGCGUCGAGCUGCAGCAGGAGCGCAACGGCAAGACGUUCGUCGCGCACGCCAAGCACGACGUGAUUCUGUCGCUCGGCGCGUUCGGCACGCCUCAGCUCCUCCUGUGCUCCGGCAUCGGCGCCAAGGACAAGCUUGACGCAGUCGGCGUCGUCCCCAAGCUCGACUUGCCCGGUGUCGGCGAGGGCCUCAAGGACCACUUCCUUGCCGGCAUCUUCUUUCGGGCCAAGAACGGCACCAGCUUCGAGUUCCUCAAGAGUCAGCUUCGUACUAUCCCUUCUCUCAUUCGGUGGCUAAUGUUCGGCACUGGCGCCCUCGCCUCGAACCUCGCCGAGGGCGGCGCCUUCCUGCGCUCCGACACGAUCGCUCGUGACGGGUCCAUCUCGUCGUCGGCAACUGAGGCCAAGGGCAUCGUCGACUUCCCGAUCAACGCGAGCGGCUCGACGAGCGCCGACCUCGAGAUCAUCGCGGCGCCUGUGUGGUACCUCAACCACGCCAUGACGCCGCCUCCCGUCCCGUCGGCCGACUACUUCACUAUGGCCUCGACCAUCCUCAAGCCGUUCAGCACCGGUACGGUCGGCAUCCGCACCGGCAACGUGUGGGACGAGCCGCUCAUCGACCCGAGGUACCUGAGCGACGAGCGCGACCAGAAGGUCCUUCUCGCCGGCCUGCACUUCUUGCGCCGCCUCUCGCAGACGGCCCCGCUCGCCGACCUCAUCACGGGCGUCGACCUCCCGACCGGCGGCAUGCAGGGCUUCCUCGACGCGACCGACGACGAGCUCCUGCAGCACUCGAGGGAGACGGCCGAGACGAUCUACCACCCGUUCUCGACGGCGAGGAUCGGUGACCGCACCAAGGGCGGCGUCGUCGACCCGGACCUUCACGUCUACGGCACGACCAACCUGCGCAUUUGCGACGCCAGCGUUUUCCCCGACGCCGUCAGUGGCCACCCUCAAGCCGCCGUCGUCGCCGUCGCCGAGAAGUUCGCCGACAUGCUCAAGGGCGAGAGGUCCGUGCGCAACGCAGCCGGCGCCACGGCUCGUCUCUGA